AUGGGGCAAAGAAGGGAGGAAAUGAGAGAAACGAAGGAAACGAAGGAAAUGAAGAUGACACAAACAUCCGGACAAAGGUGCACCUACAACUGCUCCGGCCCCAGCUCCAGUUCCUCAAGUGGCAAAAGCAACCACUCAUUAUAUCUUCGGUCCCAGAGAGAAGUCCCGACAAACAUCAUCGAUACACUUCAAAAAUGGCACAUGGCACACCCCUACGAGAGACCAGCAUGCUUCUACCCAGACCAAUCAUUGAAGAAAUGGCCAUACAAAGUCUUUGAUCGGAACGGGAAGGAACUGGACCUCUCAAUGUUUUGGGUUUCAAAGCCGAUACCAUAUCGUUUUACUUUUGUCAAUGGACAUGGUGAUGCGAAGCUGGUGGCUUGUUGGAAGUUUUCUCACAGAAAGAUCUUCCUUGUUGGAUGGAAUGCUAGGGAUGGGAUUGAUUCAGAGGCUUGCGCUGUUCAAUUGUUUGAGAGGGGAAUCAAAAAGAUUACCUUCCAGAGGAAGUUUUUUAAUGAUUUUCAGGAAUUUUUCAAUCCUUUGGUGAUUAGUGUACCCAACACCGGGGUUGAAGACGGAGACGAAGGCAGCAAUGAAAACAAAGGGUUUGGUGAUACAGUACAGAAUAAAGAAAAUGAAGGAAAUGACACAAGCGACUGCACUGGUGCUAUCAAUAUGGGACAGGACACAACUACAACUGCCGCUCCUGCUCCUGUUACAGCCCUUAUUACAGCUCCUCAAACAGCUAAACGAACCGCGAUAAAAUUCACUAUCGCUCAACACAUCUACGGUGCGAAAACAGUUCCACAGAACAUCAUAGAUACACUGGUAGGAUGGCACAGGGCACACCCUAACCAGGAACCACCAUGCUUCCACCAAGAUAGGCCGUACCCAAAAUGGCCCUGGAGUCUUCGACCAGAAUGGGAGAACAAUAUCAUCAUUCUCAAUGUUCACGGUCCAAGAACCAAUACCAUAUCAUUUUACAUUUCUGCUUGAUAGACAUAGCAACGGGAAAAUGGUGGCUUCUGAGCAAUUUUCUCACAAGAAAAUCUUUCUGUUUGGGUGGGAUCCGAAGAGUGGGUUUGAGUCGGAGCCUUGUGCUGUUCGAUUGCUUGGGAAAGCUUGAAGAAGAUUGAGUUUCAUCACAAGGAGAGCUUUGCUCGAGUUAAAGGUCGGGCUAGUAGUAAGCUUGUUAAUUCAACUGCUACGGGUAACGACCCGUAUACGAC